AUGGACUUAUGUAUUAGCACUUGAUCGAUCACAAGCUAUAUAAUCAUGUCCGCCUUCAUAAAUUCCCUCGUAUUAUGCCUCUCUCUUUGCAUCCUCAUUUCACCGUCGAUUUGUGAUCAAGUUUUCUCAGAUUAUUCCCCAUCUAUGGCUCCUAUCUUUUCUAGAUCUUUCCCACCUUCACUAUUUCUCUAUGUCAAUCUCGGUGACCAUGAUGAUUACUCGGCUGAAUACGAUUCCUACUACCGGGUUGUAGGAAUCUCUAGCUCACGUUACUCAUUAUGCUUUUAUACACUCCCCGAUAAUUCUGUUUAUACCCUUAGUAUAGGCAGUGGCUUCCCAUCUAAAUGGAUUUGGGCUGCAAACCCGAAUGAUCCGGUUAGCAAUGGAGCGGCUGUUUACCUAGGGGAAGACGGAAAUCUUGUACUAGUUGAUGUUGAUGACCGCGUUGUUUGGCAAACCAACACGGCCAACAAGGGUGUGGUUGGAUUGAAGAUGCUUGAGGACGGCAACAUGGUGUUAUACGAUGUCAAUGACAAAUUUAUAUGGCAAAGUUUUGAUUACCCCUCGGAUACACUAUUACCAGGCCAGUCUCUUAAGGCCGGGGUAACUACUAAGCUUGUAAGUCGUGCAUCAAAUACAAGUCAUUUGGAAGGGAACUACACCCUAGAGAUGAGUCCCAAAAAUGUGUCCUUGUACUACAAAAGUCCAAAUAGCCCAACACCACUUCCUUACUAUCAAAUUGAUCAAAAUUUUGCACCGACACCUUCCAAAGAAUUUAGAUAUGUUGUAUCAAUGAAAGAUUAUAAUAAUCCUAUCACUUCCCAAACCAUUCAAUACACUACCACAGAUUCGCUAUCUAGUUCAAAUCAAGAACUUGUCCAAACAUCGUACGAUAGCAGACUUUCCUUCCUUCGACUAGACUACGAUGGUAAACUACGUGUCAAUACUUAUCCUAAUCUUGAUGGAAAUUGGUACGAAGUGUUCACUCUCUUCAAGGGAGAACCAUUGCCGCGUAAUCAAUUAGGAGCAACUGAAUGUCAAAUGCCUGAAAAAUGCGGUAAAUUUGGAGUUUGCUACAAAGGCGAGUGUGUGGCUUGUCCUUCCCCUAGAGGGCUCAUGAGUUGGAGCGAAGAUUGCGCGCCACCAACCGUGGGAGGAUGUAGUCGUGAUGAGACAGAUGCUAAGUACUACAAGAUUCGAGGGGUUCGACAUUUCAGUUGUAUGUACACCGAAGGUGAAGGUCCUAUGAAACCAAGAAAAUGCAAGGCUAAGUGUAGCAAAGAUAGAAAGUGUUUGGGAUUUUUCUAUGAUGUGGAGAAGUUAAGAUGUUGGAUUGUUUAUGAUCUCAUGACUUUGACAAAAACUGAUAACCCUAAGCAUUUAGGUUACAUCAAAAUGUCUAACUAAUAAUUUAGUCAGGCUAAUAAGAUUACUAAUGGUUCAUCAAGAACCUAUUAUAAUAAUGUCAAAAAUCAUCAUAUCCUAUAGUGUGGAACAUGAAAUAAUAAUCUAUGACUAACCUUGGUUAUGGAUAAGUAAAUGAUUACAUAUUAAUCACUUUAUUGUUCGUCAUAUCAUGUAACAUUUUGUUAAAUUUGGCUUGAAUAUAUUUACAAAAUAA